CAUUACCCUUUGUUCCACUUCUACAUCUCUCUCUAUAUAUCAAUCUCCAUGAUGUCUCCCACUCUCCCAAACAAAUUUUCCUUCACAACCAAAACUUCUAUUUUUUAUUCCAUUUAAAAAUAAAUCCCUUUUUAUUUUUAUUCAUUCAAUAAACUCAUUUUCAUUUUUCAUAUAUUUAAUAAACUCUUCUUAUUAAUACUCUUUCUUCUUCGAUCUACUUGUUUCUCACUUUCAGAGCUCUUCUCGUUACCCCAAACUACGCUACACUUUUUUUUCUCCUUUUUAAGAACCCUAAGUUAUUCAGAUAGUGUUAUUUUCAAUGCACUUGUGGUUGAUGCUAAUGAAGAACUAGUAAAAAAAGAAAGAAAGAAAAAUCAAUUUCUGGUGGAAAAAAUGCGUGUCAAGGAAAUGCACCCGUUGUGUUGCAUCUCAUUGGAGAGUCCCGGGAUCGGAAGUCAUUCUCCGGAGCCAGACGCGGCGGCGCUUUCGAGGACGAGGAGUUUACCGGCGUGCGGAUCUGACCGCAUUUGUCGCCGUGGAUCAGAGGCGACGGUUGCCGGAGUUCUCUAUAAGUGGACUAAUUACGGUAAGGGAUGGAGAUCCCGGUGGUUUCUCCUCCGUAAUGGCGUGCUUUCUUACGCUAAGAUCCGGUCGCCGGAGAAUCUCAAUCUGUUCUCUCCAAUCGAUGAUGUUCGCUUAAUUGGAGAUGUCACCGCUAAUCGUCUCGCGAGAAUGGAUAGAGACGCCGGAAACGCCGUUCGCCGGAAGAAUCAUAAACCUUCUUCGUCUUCAUCUUCUCCUCCUACCGUGGUUCAUUUGAAGAUCUCGUCGUUUAGAGAGAGCAAAUCAGACGACAGAAAAUUUUACAUUUUUACAGCAACAAAGACACUCCAUCUGAGAACUGAUUCAAGGAAAGACCGCGUGGCAUGGAUACAAGCUUUGGUGUCAACUCGUAGUUUGUAUCCACUUAGUGGUCAUCAUCUAUUCCUUGCACCUUAUCAUAUAUCUGUAUCUACCGAAAAGCUUAAGAAACGCUUGGUUGAAGAGGGUAGCGGUGAGAAUCUUGUCAAGGAGUGUGAGCAAAUUAUGCUUGCAGAGUUUUCCGAAUUACAAGAGCAGCUUAAAAUUCUUUGUCAAGAACGAUCAAGUUUGUUUGAUACGAUUAGGCAGUUGGAGGCAGCUAACAUUGAACCUGAGGGCUCUGCCUUGCAUGACAGUGAAUACCAACUAACAAAGAAUGGAUUUUCAAAUCUAGGGCGUGGAAAAUAUAGUGAAUGCAGUACAACAGAAUCAUCCGAUGAUAUUGAAAAACAUGAGGUAGAAGAAGUGUCUGAAGAAGAUGAAAUAUCAUAUUAUGAUAGUAGAGACUAUUUUACAGAAUCUGGUUUUAGGUGUGGGUCAAAUACUCUGGAUCAAGUGAACAUGUCCGGGGCAGCUAAUAGACAAUGCCUUGAUGUGGAAAACAGUCAUUUUGAACCAAUGAUAUAUGAUUAUGGGUAUCCUCAGAUUACAAGGCGAAAAAAGCUUCCAGAUCCGGUUGAAAAGGAGAAGGGCGUUAGUCUUUGGUCAAUGAUCAAAGACAAUGUGGGCAAAGAUCUCACACGUGUUUGCCUUCCUGUGUACUUUAAUGAGCCAAUCUCAUCCCUUCAGAAAUGUUUCGAGGAUUUGGAGUAUUCUUAUCUUUUAGAUAGAGCUUAUGAGCAUGGAAAAUCGGGAAACAGCCUCCUUCGAGCACUGAAUGUUGCCGCCUUUGCUGUUUCGGGAUAUGCAUCGUCCGAAGGCCGGCUUUGUAAGCCUUUUAAUCCCUUGUUAGGGGAAACUUACGAAGCCGAUUUUCCUGACAAAGGAGUUCGCUUCUUUUCUGAGAAGGUUAGUCACCAUCCAACUGUGGUUGCCUGCCAUUGUGAAGGUAGAGGAUGGAGGUUUUGGGCAGACAGUAACAUUCAUUCAAAAUUUUGGGGAAGGUCGAUUCAGCUUGACCCUGUUGGAGUUCUGACACUUGAAUUUGAUGAUGGUGAAAUAUUUCAGUGGAGCAAGGUUACUACUACAAUUUAUAAUCUUAUCCUUGGUAAAUUAUAUUGUGGUCAUCAUGGGAAUAUGGAAAUCCGUGGUAAUCGCCAAUAUUCAUGCAGGCUCAAGUUCAAAGAGCAGACCAUUCUUGACCGAAAUCCUCGCCAGGUAAAUGGGUUUGUUGAAGAUACAAUGGGUAAAAAAGCAGCCACAAUAUUUGGCAAGUGGGAUGACAGCAUAUAUUAUUUUGAUGGUGAUGUGAAUGUCAAGCCUAAAGAUUAUACUUCGUCCAGUGGAGCAUUGUUGUGGAAAAGGACUAAGCCACCCCCAAAUCUCACCCGUUACAAUUUGACAUCAUUUGCCAUAACACUAAAUGAGCUUACACCAGGAUUAAAGGAGAAGCUUCCGCCCACGGAUUCCAGGCUGAGACCUGAUCAGCGGCACUUAGAGAAUGGGGAAUACGAGAAAGCUAAUAUGGAGAAACAAAGGUUGGAAAAGAGGCAAAGAAUGUCAAGGAAAAUGCAAGAGAAUGGUUGGGAGCCAAGGUGGUUUCGCAAAGAAGGUGAAACUGGAACAUUUCUAUAUACAGGCGGAUAUUGGGAAGCAAGAGCUGUAGGAACAUGGGAUGGAUGCCCAAACAUAUUUGGUGAAUUUCAAGAAAGCAUCGUUGAAACCUUAUGAUGCAUCUUGAUUUUUGUUCAGAUGGAUUCUCUGAAUGCAAAUUAAUUAGUCUGUGGAGGGUUUAUCUUAAGCGUUCUUGCAUGGCCAAUACUUUUUUUAUUGAAUGGACGAGAUAGCAGCCAUUUGGUGGUAUAUUUAAAAAUGAGGCUCUUUGCAGCUCUGGUUGGAAAGAUUUUGUUGAAUGACCUUUGUGUAAUGACACAAACAAUAAAGGGAGUAGAGAAAAAGUAAAACAAGCAAUAUUAUAUCUCAAAGUUGCUUGUGGAAUUAAAUGGGAUCAAUUGUCUAUGGCUGCUGAAGAUGUAAUUUUCUUAACCUAAUGGAUUAAGCUUUGCACGUACACAGCUCUUUGCUGUGGCGGUGUUCAAUGAGAGUCCCAAACUGAGGCUGUUAUUACUUCCCCAGAUGAGCAUAUAUUAUAUAUAAGCAAAAGAUUAAGCUUAGCAAAAGUAGUUGUUAGAUUAGAUGUUGUCUGUGCUCAAUUGUCACAAUCUUAUUCUUUCUUGUUUUUUAAGUUUUGUUAGUAUGUAAUUAUUUGGGGUAUUAGUUUAUGUAAGAUUCUCUUCCCUUUAAUUCUGAUAUAACUACUACUGACAUGGCCGAAAAGGUUAUAUAUCGAUUUAUUUCAUA